UGCUCGCUCGCUCGCUCUCUGGCAGUGAGCGCUGGGGAGGUGGGCUGGGAGACAGCUGUGCCUAGCACUGCAGCCACAUCCGACUGCAGAGCACCGGCCCGUCCAUGGAACUGCUUCAGAAUGUUCUGCCUGAAAGCGGUGUCCACCCUAGAUGAGGAGAGUCGGUGGACCGUCCACUACACUGCUCCAUGGCACCAGCAGGAGAACGUGUUCCUUCCCUCCACGAGACCCCCUUGCGUGGAGGACCUGCACCGGCAAGCCAAGCUCAACCUCAAAUCAGUCCUGAGGGAAUGUGAUAAGCUGCGGCGGGAUGGCUACCGGAGUUCUCAGUAUUACUCCCAGGGACCCACCUUUGCAGCCAACUCUGGUCCGCUCUGUGAUGACUAUCAGGAUGAGGAUGAAGACACAGAUCAAAAGUCCAUCAGGAGACCUAAAACACCAACCUCAAGUGACUUCUCUGACCUUAAUACUCAAACGAACUGGACCAAGUCACUUCCCUUGCCAACCCCAGAAGAGAAGAUGCGACAGCAAGCUCAAACAGUCCAGGCUGAUGUGGUUCCUAUUAACAUAACUGGGGAGAAUUUCGAUCGCCAGGCCAGCCUUCGGCAGUCUCUAAUUUACACAGACACUCUGGUAAGACGGCCGAAGAAAGUCAAAAGGAGAAAGACUAUUACAGGAGUCCCUGACAACAUACAGAAGGAGCUAGCAUCAGGCACUGGCCAAGAUGAUGUUGGUGGUCACUCAGGGUACACCCCAGACCACUACUCGACACUAGGAAGGCUCGACAGCUCUCGGUCUGCCGGGCAGCGCUCGGAAACCAGGGACUCCAGCUGUCAGACUGAGGAAGUGAAAGUCGUGCCGCCUUCGAUGAGAAGAAUCAGGGCACAGAAGGGGCAAGGCAUUGCUGCCCAGCUGAGCCACUUCUCCGGCUCCUCUGGGAACAUGUCUGUGCUGAGCGACUCUGCGGGCAUUGUGUUCCCUUCUCGCCUCAACAGCGAUGCUGGGUUCCACAGUCUGCCACGUUCCGGAGGGAAGGCCAACCUUCAGUCCCUCGAGCCACAGCUGGGUGCCCCGAGCCCUGCGGAAGACCUGGACGGCACUUUCCCCUACCAGUUAGGGGGUGCUUCAAGGACUGGAGUGCAUUUGAGGCCCAAGUCCCAGGAGCUGAGGUACUUUGAGAGUGAAAAUGGAACAGGCCCAGCAUGCGUGGUGUCGCCGCACGCGACCUACUCCACCAGCAUCAUCCCAAAUGCCACCCUCUCCUCCUCCUCGGAGGUCGUUGUUAUUCACACUGCUCAGAGUUCAGGGAAGCUGGACAGUAAAAUUACCAGCUCCCCUUCAUACAUAAAAAUAAAAUCCAGAGACCGCCUCCUCUCCAGGCACGCUGGGAAAGAUGACCGCCAGCCUCUCAGUGGUAACUGGGAUGAGGGUCACACCCCCGUCCCUUCACGGGCCGUCGAUCCCCACUCCCCCAGUGCAAGCACACUGUCGUCCCUCUGUGAUUCGGCAGUCUCUCUAAAUACCCCAGCAAAUCGGGAGAACGGGUCCCAUGCCCUGGCCUAUAACUGUAGAAACAACCCGAGCUUCCCAGCCCAGCCCCAGGAUGGGGAUGGCAAGAGUGAGUCCAGUUAUCCCGGAGGUAGAGGGCAUGGCAACUCAGAGCCCUGGGAGUACAGUUCCUCAGGGAGCGGGCGGGCGUCCCCACUGAAGCCUCAUUUGGCAACCCCUGGUUACUCCACUCCGGGAAGUCACAUGAGCAGCAGCAGUUUAGACCAGACGUCCAACAAAGACGAUGCCAGGUCUCUGUAUUCAGAGGACCACGACGGCUACUACCCACCUGUGCACACCAGCUCUGGACACGGACCUGGGAAUCAGUGCAGUAGCAGCAAUGGCUUUGGGAACCCCAGGCACAGCGUGGUCAAUGUUUUUGAUGGAAGAGCUCAGAAGAACCAAGAGGACCGGUCAAAUUACCAUGACAAAUCCCUUUCGCGAAACAUCUCUUUGAAGAAAGCAAAGAAGCCUCCUCUGCCACCCUCUCGGACGGACUCUCUGCGCAGGGUCCCCAAGAAGAACACCCAGACUAACGGGCAGGUGCUCAACGAGAGCCUGAUCGCCUCGCUCCAGCACUCGCUGCAGCUGAACCUCCCCGGCAAGGGCGGCCUCUCGCCCGCCCAGAGCCCCUGCAGUGACUUGGAAGAGCCCUGGCUGCCUCGCUCCCGCAGCCAGAGCACGGUGAGCGCGGGCAGCAGCAUGACUUCUGCCACCACCCCCAACGUCUCCUCCCUGUGCGGGGUCACUCCGUCACAGAGUGACACGAGCAGCGUCAAGUCCGAGUACACAGACCCUUGGGGUUACUACAUCGACUACACGGUGCUACCGGAUGACCCGGGGAACCCUGGCGGGGGCUGUUCGGCCAGCAGUGGGGCACCAACUGGAAAUGGGCCAGUCCACCAUGUCCAAGAGGGGUCCAGGGCCGCCGUGUCCCAAGUGCCUGGUGGCUCAGUCAAACCAAAGAUCACAUCCCCGGAGAAGUCACAUAGAGUCACUUCUCCAUCCAGUGGGUAUUCCAGCCAGUCGAAUACACCCACAGCACUCACCCCUGUGCCUGUGUUUUUAAAGUCAAUGUCACCAGCAAAUGGGAAAGGGAAGACCAAGCCCAGGGUUCCGGAGAGGAAGUCCUCUCUGAUAUCGUCAGUGUCCAUCUCCUCAUCGUCCACGUCCCUUUCUUCUAAUGCGUCUACAGAAGGAAGCGGAACUGUGAAGAAGCUGGAUUCAGUGCCAGCCUCUCCGCUCGCUGUUCCUCCUCAACAUUCUCUUCCGUCUCCAUGUCCUGCUGACAAGUCUCCUUUUCUUCCUCCUCCCCCACCUUUAGCAGAUUCUCCCGGGGGCUCUCCUCUGCCUCAGUCUCCCCUUUUCCCCCCUCCACCACCAGAAGUUCUUAUGCCCUUCUGUCCAACCGAUGCAAGCUUUCCUCCGCCCCCAACGGGCCAUAGCCCCCUUUUCCUGGACCCCUCUGCCUCGGUGCCACCCCCUCCACCGUCUUUACCUUCCUUGGUUCCACCACCUGCCCCACCCCUUGAUCCCAAAUUGAUGAAAGAUGCCAGGCCUUCUUUCAAGAAAUCUGGCCAGCCAGACUCCUCCCGGGAGGCCUUCAGACAGCCUGCUACCAAGGAGGAGGGUGGCAGACCCCCCAUGCCCUUGAUCACCACGGAAGCAUUGCAGAUGGUGCAGUUGAGGCCCGUGAAGAAGAACUCAGGAACCGAGGGAGCACUGUUAUAUGAACAAACAUCUCAGGAAAAAGGAACUCCGAUCGUGCCCCAGUAUCAUUUAAAGCCAUCUGCUUUCCUGAAAUCCCGAAAUAGCAUAAAUGAAAUGGAGAGUGAAAGCCAGCCUGCCUCCGUGACAAGCUCGCUUCCGACUCCUGCCAAGAUCAUGAGUCAGGGUCACCAGGAUGGUGCAGCCGAGCGUGGCCGCCAGAGCCGCAGCCAGGGCAGUGCUGGGGAGGCAGAGGCUGGGCACGGCCCCGGGCACGCUCCGGGCCAGGGGUCCCCCGGCCCAUCGCCCAACAGGAAGCCACCCCCCAUUUCCAAGAAGCCCAAACUGUUCCUGGUGGUGCCACCUCCGCAGAGAGAUUUCACAGCAGAGCCAGCAGAGACCGUGAGCGAAGCAACGCCGAGCCCCACGAGGGGAGAGGCCAGAGAGAGUUGUGCAGCUCGGGCUGGUUCCGAUGAGACCGACUCCGGCAGCUCGGUUCUUGAGGGAAGAGCUGCAGGAUCUGCAUCCCCAGGCAGAGUGGAAGCCAAUGUCCCCAUGGUGCCGCCCGAUGCUUCGCCAGACCCCAAGCUGGAGGCACCAGGCACCGAGAACAGUCCAGACAGAGGGGCCAGUGUGGAGAGCUGUCUGUCUCUGCAGGACCCAGGGCCUGGGGUGCUGGAGACCGACGCAGCUGGUUCUUCCACAGAGGUCUUUGACUUCCUUAAGGAAGAAGGGAGUGAUGAGGUGAUGACCCCCAGCAGACCCCGGACCACAGAAGACCUCUUUGCAGCUAUUCACAGAUCCAAGAGGAAAGUCCUUGGCCGUAAAGAUUCAGACGACGAUCACACCCGAAACCAUUCUCCUUCCCCACCAGUGACACCCACCGGUGCUGCCCCCAGCCUCGCCUCCCCAAAGCAAGUUGGAUCGAUUCAGAGAAGUGUCCGGAAGAGCAGCACCAGCAGUGACAACUUCAAAGCUCUGCUGCUGAAAAAGGGGAGUCGGUCAGACACCAGUGCCCGCAUGUCUGCAGCCGAGAUGCUCAAGAACACAGACCCUAGAUUCCAGAGGUCAAGGUCGGAGCCUUCGCCAGAUACUCCCGACAGCCCGUCAAGCUGCUCCCCGAGCAAGAACAGAAGGGCCCAGGAGGAGUGGGCCAAGAACGAAGGCUUGAUGCCUCGGAGUCUGUCCUUCUCCGGCCCCAGGUACGGCCGCAGUCGAACGCCGCCUUCUGCAGCCAGCAGCAGGUACAGCAUGCGGAACCGGAUCCAGAGCAGCCCCAUGACCGUCAUCUCGGAGGGCGAAGGGGAAGCCACGGAGCCUGUAGACAACAGGGCUCGCCGGGCCCUGGGCGCUGCGAGGGAAUGCUCGCUGGAUGGACUGGCGGGGGAUGAAAUGGAUGACGGCAGAGAGCCCGCCGCCUUGCUGCAGGCACAGGCAUCUGGCCUCGCAGAUGGGACAGCCGGUGCCGAGGGCAGGGACCCAUUAGAACAGUGUGGAGGUCCUCUGAGGGAAGAGAGUUAGGGACAAGAAAGGGAGACUCCCAGGUGAGGUGGGGGAGAUGGCAGCACAGUGCUCUAGGAAGCCUGAGGGGCGCCCUUCCCUGCCAUGCCCGUGAUCCUACUCGGCGUCUACGCUGCGGGCCCAGGUCCUGCCGGCCCUGCGUUGGAAGAGGGUUAUUUAGGACUCACUUGGCACUUGCCCUGUGGCUUAAAAGCAAGUAGAAGCUUAACUUCUGAAAGUGCUUCCUGGGGAAGAUUUUUUUUUUUUUUUUGAAACUAAAUGCUGCGGGCGUGUAGACAGGUAUGUGUGUGUGUGCAUUCUGAACACUUUCUUUUGUUGUUACACACACACAAAAUGUAUAGAAAUAUGGGAGGUAAAAAUAGAUAGUUAAGCUAGAUAGAGUAAUGGAGGCUUCUGGACUAUGCGGUGAUCACUUUAAAAGUAUGUUUAUGGAAAUAAUUGAGUUCCAGAAGGGGAGAGAGGACCAUUACUUCUAAGGUAGACCUGCUGGUUCUGAGUGCACAGAACACGUGGGUAUAUGCACAGGUGUGCUUUUGAGGUGAGCUGGGUUGCGGUUAACCCAAAAAGUUGGGAAAGGGCUAAGUGACUAAUUGGUUCAGGUACUUUUUUCUGGGAAAAAAAAAAGGCUUUGUUUCUUUUUUGUAAAAAUGACAAACGUGGAAGUGGCAACGCUGUAACUUGGAGCCUGCUGCUGUGCAGCCACAGACACACCACUUUUAGCCUGAUUUUUAGAAAUGUGGGUAAUUUUUUAAUGAAUUUCCUCCUUGUGUAGCAGCUGUGACCUUUGAGAACUGAAACGAUGGUGUGCACACACACAGAGGGUAGGAGAGAUGAGAGGAGGGACGAGGAGUAAGUGAUACACUGCUGGAAUUCGUUUCCUGCUUAUUCAAUAAAAUUAUUUUUCAGAAUUAAAUUUGAAAACUUGCACUACAGAACUGUGGGUGGAGCUUUUCUUUUUACAACUGUUUUUACCAGAGUUUAAACUUCCAUUUGGCAAUUUCUUACCACUUGAAAUGUCAACAUUUGCUAACUUUUGGAUAUCCUUUUGGUUAUACCAAAGAAAAAAUUGUGGCUAUUUUUCCUUGAACUGCCUGCAGUAUCAUGUCCUCAUUUAGAAAGUUUUGUCAAAAUCUAUUAUAUAUUAUCUUACUUUGAAGAAAAUGCUAAAUAACUCUUGUUAGUCAAACUGAUAAAAAUUGGCAGGGCUUGGCUAUUAGCCCCGGGAAAUGAGUUUUUAGAUUAAAAAGAUUUUUUGCAUCA